GCCACAUUGUACUUCCGGAAAGAAAUUUUCAAAAGUUGCAUCAUAUUUCACACAAAAACACCAAAAAUACAGUGCAAAUCGGACCGUAUAAGCAAACCGGAGAUGAGUGAAGUAUCAGGGAAGACAGAGAUGGUUACAGGUCCUGAUGGCCAACCCAUCUCUAAGAAAGGACUUAAAAAGCAGCAAAAGGAAGCAGAAAAGGCUGCCAAGAAGGCUCAAAGAAAGCAAGAAGUUGCGGCAGCCGAAAGUGCAGCAGGUGGGGACCAAGAGGAUUUUGCUAAAGAUCGUUAUGGAAUUAUGAAAAUGAUCCAGUCAAGGGAUCGACCAGAUCGAGUGAUUACUCGAGUGAAUGGCCUGACCCCAGCCAUUGCUGAUGAGAAGGUGUGGGUGAGGGGACGUUUACACACAAGCAGAAGUAAAGGAAAACAAUGUUUCAUAGUGUUGCGUCAACAGAAUUACAGUGUACAAGGUCUCAUAAUGGUGAACGAACAAGUUAGCAAGCAGAUGGUGAAAUUCUCCGCAAACAUCACCAAGGAGUCCAUUAUUGAUGUGGAAGGUUUUGUAAGGAAAGUGGACCAAAAGAUAGAAAGCUGCACUCAGCAAGAUGUAGAAUUACACAUUGAUCAGGUCUUUGUUGUGAGUUCUGCUGAGCCACGUCUUCCACUGCAGAUAGAAGAUGCCACCAGAGCAGAAUCAGAACAAGAUGGACUAGCUACAGUUAACCAAGAUACCAGGUUAGACAACAGAGUGAUUGAUCUCAGAACUAUAACAAACCAAGCUAUAUUCCGUGUAGAGGCAGGCAUCUGUAGGCUCUUCCGUGAUACGCUCACUGCAAAAGGAUUCACUGAGAUUCACACACCAAAAAUCAUUUCCGCUGCAUCGGAAGGUGGAGCCAAUGUGUUUGAGGUGUCCUAUUUCAAGCGUUCUGCCUACUUAGCCCAAUCUCCACAGCUCUACAAACAGAUGGCGAUCGCAUCUGACUUUGAGAAAGUUUUCACCACUGGUGCAGUUUUCAGGGCGGAGGACUCCAACACUCAUCGUCACUUGACAGAGUUUGUCGGCCUUGAUCUUGAGAUGACGUUCAAUUACCACUAUCACGAAGUAUUAGACACCAUUGGAGAUCUGUUUGUGAACAUAUUCAAAGGACUGAGAGACAACUUUGGUACAGAGAUAGAGACAAUCAGAAAGCAAUAUCCUUCAGAACCUUUCACAUUCCUUGAACCAAGUUUAAGGCUCGAGUACCCUGAAGCUGUAAAGAUGUUACGAGAGAAUGGUGUUGAGAUGGGAGACGAGGAGGACUUGAGUACUCCAGCAGAGAAACUUCUUGGAAGGCUCGUCAAAGCCAAAUAUGACACAGAUUAUUUUAUACUGGAUAAAUUUCCACUGGCAAUACGACCUUUCUACACAAUGCCUGACCCUAAUAACCAGAAAUGGGGUAAUUCCUAUGACAUGUUCAUGCGUGGUGAGGAGAUAUUGUCUGGCGCACAACGUAUUCAUGAUGCAGAUUAUCUCGUUGAGAGGGCUAAACUGCAUGAUAUUGAUUUGGAAAAAGUGCGAUCAUACAUUGAUUCCUUCAAGUAUGGCUGUCCUCCUCAUGCUGGUGGGGGCAUAGGCAUGGAGAGAGUGGUGAUGUUAUAUCUUGGACUGGACAAUGUACGCAAGACUUCGAUGUUCCCACGUGACCCCAAACGACUUACACCAUAGGAAACUCCCUCAUAAAGGCAAUCAUCACUCCUCUUCACAUGAAGAGGACACCAUUAACUCAGUUUUAUAUCUGGACUAUGGCUCAAUUUAGAUUCAUGUCAAUAUAAACUAAUUCAUGAUAGUAAUACAUAAAUCGAGAGUUCUGAUCUUUUGAGAAUUUUUUCUAAUAUUGUGAUGGCAUUUUAUUUUGUAGCUAGCAAAUUAAUGUGAAUUGUUUGUAUUAUAAGUUGUUUCAUUGUGGGUGGAAUGUAAAUGACAAACUGCCUGGCAUAAAAUUGACGUCAUUUAAUAACUCUAUUUCCUCUAAUGAACUAUUCAAGGCCAUGAUUCUUAAAAAUACAUUUUCAAAAUCCAUAGGGAUGAUCAGUUACAAAUCUUUAUUGCACAAUCAGAGGAAUAUAUUAGAUUCUUUCACCUGAGUAAUGUAUCAUCCAUUAAAUGAGGUGUGAAUAUGAUUUCAUUUUGUAAAGUGCUAUGAUGUCAUAUUGAAAAAGACUAAACAUGGUUUUAUGUCAUGUAAUUUUUGGGGG